AAUCGCGGCGCGCGAUAGGGCAGCCACCCUUUCGCGCGGGGGCGGAGGGAGCGCGCCUGCGCACUGCCUGGCCUUUUCACGUGUCCCGAGGGCCGGACUUGCGGGUCUCUCAUUGCGGCGGCGCGGCGAGAGUAGAGUGGUGGCUACGGAGGUGGGAGCCAUGGCAGGACAAGCAUUUAGAAAGUUUCUUCCACUCUUCGACCGAGUAUUGGUUGAAAGGUGUGCAGCCGAAACUGUAACCAAAGGAGGCAUUAUGCUUCCAGAAAAAUCUCAAGGAAAAGUAUUGCAAGCAACAGUAGUGGCUGUUGGGUCAGGCUCUAAAGGAAAGGGUGGAGAGAUUCAACCAGUUAGUGUGAAAGUUGGAGAUAAAGUUCUUCUCCCAGAAUAUGGAGGCACUAAAGUAGUUCUAGAUGACAAGGAUUAUUUUUUAUUUAGAGAUGGUGACAUUCUUGGAAAGUAUGUAGACUGAAAUAAAUCACUACUGAAAUGGCAUUGACGUGAAGCUGCCCAUUCCACUAAAGUUCUGAAAUCUUGCAUCAUGUAAAUAAUUUCCAUGUCUCUCUUUUAUAAUAAAUUGAUCAUAUCUAAACUGCUGUCAUCCCAUGUCUAACAUUUAGUUUCACUGUAUUGAUAUAUACAUUUCCAAAUAAAAAUAUGUAAAUGA